AUGGUGGAGGUCAACACUGGAGGUUCUCAACCAUUGGAUACUGGCCAGAAUAGCUCAUCACACGUUCCGUUACGUCCACGGCAACAACACACUGAUGCAGAACUUGAUGAUAUGAGGAGAAACAAGAUCUGUUUCAAGUGCAAAGGACCAUUCUAUAAGGGUCAUCCUUGUUCAAAAAGAGAGCUUCAAGUUCUUACUGUCAUUAAUGGGUUUCCAAUGGAGGUAUUAGAUCAAGACUUGGGUGAAUUGCAGGAAGAAAACAAUAAGCUGAUUGGAGAUUUGAUGGAGUUUUCACCUCAUUACGCUUGA